AUGGAGGCCGCCGCACGGACGGACCCACUGGUGACAGCCCCCGGUCGGGAGCCGCUGGGCGCCCUGGGGCAGCGCCCGGCCUGCAAGAAACGGCGCAAGUCGCGGACGGCGUUCACCAACCAGCAGAUCUACGAGCUGGAGCAGCGGUUCCUGCGGCAGAAGUACCUCUCGCCGGCGGACCGGGACCAGCUGGCGGCCCGGCUGGCGCUCAGCACCGCCCAGGUCAUCACUUGGUUCCAGAACCGCCGCGCCAAGCUCAAGCGGGACCUGGAGGAGCUGCGGGCCGACGUGGCCUCGCUGCAGGCGCUGCCCCCCGCCGCCCUCCAGCAGCUGGCGGCGCUGCCCGACGCCCCCCGACCCGGCACCGGCACCGGCACCGGGCGGCAGGAAGGACGCGCCGCGGCUAUCACCGUUGGCUCGGGGCUGGCCCAGCCCCGCAGCCCGGGUACCGGCCCUGCCUGGCCCCCAGCCGAGCCCCGGGAGCCCCCGCAGAGCUGGGGGGGUCCCCGUUACUCCCCGGGCUAA